GUUCUCAUCCUCGUUGCAGCAGCUCAAUAAUCAAUCGUUGCCGCUCCAAGCUCCAAUUCUUCUGCAUUCAUUCAUGCCAAGAUAUCAAUCCCUAAUCCCUCCACUCGCCUCUGAUUCAUCGAUUUUAAUUUACAGGCAAAAUGCUGCGUCCGCCGGAGACAAUGGAGGAACAGUUGAUAAUCCAAGCAAUUACAGAAGAGUGCCCCUGGGAGAACCUGCCGAAGCGCCUUCAAUCAACCCUGAAUUCCAAGGAAGAUUGGCACCGCAGGAUAAUUGAUCACUGCAUAAAAAAAAGACUCCCCUGGAACACUUGUUUUGCUCGCAUGGUGUGCAAAGAAGCUGAAUACUAUGAGGAAAUGAUGCGUUAUCUACGGAGGAAUCUAGCGAUGUAUCCCUACCAUCUUGCAGAGUAUGUUAACCGUGUUAUGAGGGUUUCUCCUUUCAAAUAUUACUGUGACAUCUUAUUUGAAGUGAUGAAAAAUGAACAACCCUAUGACAGUAUUCCCAAUUUUAGUGCAGCAGAUGCCCUGCGGAUCACAGGAAUCGGAAGAAAUGAAUUCAUUGACAUCAUGAACAAGUGUAGAUCUAAGAAAAUUAUGUGGAAGUUAAAUAAGUCCAUAGCAAAAGAACUCUUGCCGAUAGAACCUGUUGAAUUUGUGAUUGAGCCAUGGUGGGGAGUUUGUCUUGUCAACUUUACUUUGGAAGAAUUCAAGAAGAAGAAUCAGCACAAAUUGAUAAAAUCUAUAAGGAGGAAGCCAAUUCUUUCUUCCUAUUUGAUCCGGAAAUUAUUAAGGGUCUAUUUCGCCGUGGGCUCGUGUACUUUGAUGUUCCUGUUUAUCCUGAUGACCGUUUCCAAGUUUCAAAGCUUGAAGGAUUUGUUUCAAACAGGGAGCAGUCAUAUGAAGAUCCCAUUGAAGAUGGGUUGUGUAAGCAGGUUGCUAUAUGCUGUGUUUGUGGUGUCAAGCGAGAAUUCAACUGUUGCUGAACUGGCAUUGACUUUGCAAGCUGAUAUCUUUCAGCUACAGGCCGCUGCAUCUUUUGUUUGUCGACUGGGAUGGGCAGUGAAACUUAUUGAUCCAGCCUCUAUUCUUCAGGACUCUUAUUCAUCUGGAUCUCCUAGAAGUAUGCUCAGUGAUGACGAAGUUGGUUCUCAUGCUAGUAUGGGUCCUUCAAGUUUAUUUGGUGAUGGCAGCAGUCGUCAAUCAUCAGAUGUAUUAUGGACAGAAAACUCUAGUCCUUCUGCCGACUGCUCUAGUGUAGCUUUUGUUGUUGAUGCUAAUAUAACAUCAUAUCUUAUGAUGGGAUCUGUCUCUCCAGGUCUGAAAUCUCAUGCUGUGACACUUUAUGAAGCUGGAAAACUAGGUCACACAAGCAUUGCUGACCUUUGCAAUGAUCUUAUGACCCUAGAGGGUGCUAAAUUUGAAGGAGGGUUACAAGAGUUUGCUAAUCAUGCUUUCAGCCUCAGGUGUAUUCUUGAAUGCCUAACUUCAGGUGGAACUGUUACUGAUGAAAGACAGAGAGUGACCAAGGAGGACACCGCUUCAUUGACAACUGAUGCUUGUCAAGGUGACAGUUCUCAAAAUAGCGUGAAUAAAACAGAUGACACUAAUGACUCUGUUGAGCUCAGUGGAACUAGUAUAGAUGAUACUUUAUCUACUACGUUAUCUAAAGAGACUAGUUCUGAUGCAGAGGAUUCUAAUUUUAGUUCCAAGUUUGAGGAAAUUUCAGAUUCUGCUGAAAGUUUGACUGCCAGAAAAGAUUUAAAGAAAAUAAGGAAAUACAGAGUAGAUAUACUUCGUUGUGAAAGCUUGGCUGCUCUGUCCCCAGCCACAUUGAGUCGUCUAUUUCGUCGUGACUAUGACAUUGUCAUGUCCAUGAUUCCACUUCCUCAUUCUUCUGUCUUGCCUGGAUCAAAGGGCCCUGUUCAUUUUGGUCCUCCAACACAUUCUUCCAUGACUCCUUGGAUGAAAUUAGUGCUUUACACUGCUCUAUCCAGUGGACCUCUUUCUGUUGUUAUGAUGAAAGGCCAGUGUCUAAGAUUACUUCCUGUACCAUUAGCUGGUUGUGAGAAAGCCCUUAUAUGGUCAUGGGAUGGAUCUACGGUUGGGGGUCUGGGAGGAAAUUUCGAAGGGAAUUUAGUUAAUGGAAGCAUUCUAUUACACUGCUUGAAUUCUCUUCUUAAACAUUCUGCUGUGUUGGUUCAACCUUUGAGCAAGAAUGACCUUGACGAUGGUGGAAAUGUUGUAACACUAGAUGUUCCAUUGCCCUUGAAAAACAGUGAUGGUUCAGUGGCUUGUAUUGGGGAGGAGCUGGGGCUAAGUGGAGAGGAAUGUUCAAAGUUAAACAUAUUGUUGCAUGAUAUAUCGAAAAAGAUAAAUUUGUGGACAAUAGGUUAUAUUCGCUUACUUAGACUAUUUAACGAGAGAAAAUUAGAAACCUUUUCAGUUGAUAAAGAGAAGUAUGAAUGGGUUGUACUUGGUGCACAAUUCGGUGUCCCACUUUUUAGUCCCCAAUUGUGCAAUAGUAUAUGCAGGAGAGUGGUUUCUUCACAGUUACUUCAAACAGAUUUGUCGAGUGAGUAUCAUGAAGCUAUGCAGGACUUAAGAGGCAGGUUGCUUUAUGUUUGUUCUGAGUACCAAGCAUCAGGCCCUACUGCAAGACUUCUUAACCAGAAAGAGCACGUUAAGGAAAAGGAAUCUUCUCAACUACUAAUGAAUUAUGCUAGUGGAAGAUGGAAUCCCAUUGCAGAACCUUCUUCUCCUAUUUCAGGAGCCUUAAGUGAAAACCAAAGGCUAAAACUUGCUAACAGGCACCGAGCUGGGACUGAAGUUUUGAGUUUUGAUGGUAAUAUCCUAAGGUCAUACUCCCUAAACCCAGUCUACGAGGUUGGAGCCAGGCCCUUUGAAGAGUCAGGCGUCAUUGGCACUGGGAAAGGUGAAUCAGAGGAUGUUGAUGGCAAAGAAGUAACUCUCCCGGGUGUAAACCUUCUAUUUGACGGGUCUGAGCUUCGUCCUUUUGAUAUCGGUGCUUGCCUACAAGCUCGUCAACCAGUCUCCUUAAUAGCUGAGGCAUCGGCAGCGACUUCCUCUUUGACAGUCAAACAAAAAGUUUAGAAUUCAAUUUGGUCUUCCCAGACUCCCAGUCAUAGUAGAUCACAGGCAGCAUUGGUGUUUCAGGUUACCAUUGUAGCAGGCCAUGAUGCUUGAUGAGCUUCUGCUUCUCUGCUAAAGUGUGCCUGCAGAGUAUUAAGUACAUAAAUGAGAAUGUUCUUUUCAUCGGCGGUUGAAGCUAAUAGGCCAAACUGACACAUUUAGAUAGUUAAAAUUAUGUGUGAGGCGUUCACUCAUCUGAUUAUUAUUCAUUUGUUAUAGAGUGCAAUUAUGCUUCAA